AAGCUUAGCUGAUUAUUUAUCCUAUGCCUAUGUUUAUCUCAGUGUGUAUUCAUUAAAAGUACUUACUUAGUUAAUUUUUUGCACGUAUAAAAUAAUCAAGGAUUCAAGAAAAUUGUUCACUGAGUCUCUAAUUGAUAAACAAUUUAUACAUAUAAAUACGUCUUUAUCCCAUAUAGAGUAGACAGAGUCAACAGUCAUAAAGUCCACGUUAGUUUCAAAGCAUAGCAUUAUUUAAAUAAACGUCGGAAUUAAGUUCGUCCAUUUCAAAAAAUAUAUUAUACAUAAAUUACACUUGUAAUUUUAUGAAAUCUAUAAAACAAUUAAAAGUCAAUUUAAACUUAGGUACAAACAAUCACCUAGUCGCAAAGAAAGCGGUCAUUUACUAUCGUCACUUACGCGUUUUAAUGUCUACUCUGUCUGUCUGAAUCUGGACUCGGUUCAUGAUAAGAUAAAAUCGGAGGCUUGUUUAAGUACGUACAAUAUUUGAUAACGAAGUUACUCAUUAAACGUACAGUAUUUGUCUUACACACGAGAAAGAACAUCGUGUUACAUUUAAAAAUAAACAUUGAAAAUGAAUUCAAUUUAUGAUCGCGCUUUAAACGAAGUGGGGCCAAAUGGAGGUUUUCAAAAGAAAUUUGAUUGGUUUUAUAACUUUCUGCUAGCCAUUUUUUGGGGAAUGACUUACAUGAAUAUAUAUUUUGCCCUUGUUAUUACACCAUAUGGAUGUGAAAUCCCAAAUAAUAAGGAAAAUAUCAGUGAAUACUCUUGGAAAAUGAAGUAUCUUCCAAUAUCUAAUGACACCAGUGGAAAAAUCUUAUUUGACAAUUGCAAAGUUUUCGUUAAGCCUGGAGAAAAUAAUUUAACAAAAGCAUGUGAUAGCUAUCGAUACGAUAAAACCUGGUACGAAACUACUAUACCCUCCUCGAAUAACUGGGUUUGUGAAGAAGAAAUAAAAGUUGCACAUAUAAUGUCAUACAGCAAAUUUGGCGAAAUAGCAGGAUCAAUAUUUUUCGGAUGGUUUGGUGAUAUAUAUGGUCGCCGCUUAACUUAUAUAAUUUCGAUGGCAUUAAUAAUUUUUGGUCGAGUUAUAACUAUACUAUCGAGUACAUUUAUUUUAAUUGUAAUUGGUUGCAUUAUUGCAUGGUUUCCAUCUUGGUCUGUAGUCCAAAGUGCUACUGUAAUAUCUAUGGAAAUAUCUUCACCUGAACGGCGCAGUACCACAGCAACAUUGAGGUGUAUCGGCUACAGCAUCGGCAUGUGUAUCAUGUCAUUAAUAUAUUGGUGGCUGCGCGAAUGGAAAACAUUUAUGUUGGUUACUACUGUACCUGUCAUACCAUUUUUAAUUAUGUCAUGGAAAAUGAUUGAAUCACCACGAUGGCUUUGGGUUCAAGGAAAGUCUAAAGACUGUGUGAAAGAAUUGAAAGUAAUCGCGAAAAUUAAUAAAUUAAGACUUAAUUCAGAAACGGAGAAAGAAAUAUUAAACACCUCCCCAAAAGUUUCAACAACAAAUCAACAACUUGGGCUGUUGGCUUUAUUUUCUGGAUGGAGACUAUCAGUAAAUACCUCGUUACAGUUGUAUUUGUGGAUUUCUGUAUCAUUAAACUACAAUACAUUAUUAAUGAGGUCUGGAGAAAAAACAGAUGGCAAUCCAUUCCUGGAGUUUAUUUGGCAGUCAUUAGCUGAGAUGCCGGGAACACUAGUAGGAGCAUGGCUUUCAGAACGUAUUGGUCGUCGAUAUACAGGUUCAGUUGCAUAUACAUUGACUGCUUUCUUGUGGAUGACUAUAGGACUGCGAGAAAGCGCGAAUUCAAAUGAAGUUUUUCGCUCGGAGUUAGUUGGAACAGCAAUGGUUGUAAUAAAUAGGCUUGCGACAUCUUCAUCUUAUUAUAUAUUAUAUUUAUUUAACAUGGAACUGUACCCUACCUGUCUCCGACAGUCAGGAAUGUCGUUGGGAAAUGUUUUAUCUAGCUGUGGCGGCGCAAUAGCACCAUAUUUGAUGUACUUGGGCCGUAACAUCGACCCACGAUUGCCGUGUAUAAUUUUGGUGAUUGUUUCCAUCGGUGGUGUCAUAUCAUGUCUCCUAUUACCGGAGACACUAAAUGCCAAAUUACCAGAGACACUACAAGACGCCCAAGAAUUUGGGAGUAGAAAAAAUCGAAGUCACGUCGUUUGAUUUAAAUGACUAUAAAUCAUGUAAAUAAAU